GAGACCGGAAGUGCGUGGGCUGCUGGUUGGCUCAGUUUAGGGUUUUCAGGAACUAUGGAAGCAGCCUCGGUAGUUGAAAUCGCACUACUCUUGUGAGAAUCACCGAGGGCUCUCAGAGGAAAAGGGAGGAUGCCACUGGAAUCACCUUCCUCUUCAGUGCCACUGUCCUUCCCUUCUCUGUUACCCUCAGUACCAGACACUAUUACCAGUUCUUCUCUUCCUCCAAUGUCUUACAUCACUUCCCAGGAGAUGAAGUGUAUUCUUCACUGGUUUGCCAGUUGGUCAGGUCCUCAGCGAGAACGUUUUCUACAGGACUUGGUAGCUAAGGCAGUGCCAGGAAAAUUACAGCCACUCCUGGAUAGUCUGGAGCAGCUUAGUGUAUCUGGAACAAACCGACCA